GCCCUCCAUACUGAUCCCUUCUACUCAGCAUAUGUCAAGCUUCCGUCCGCAGAUGAUCCGGUUCCCGAAUACAUCUCAGGCAAGCCGGGGAAGCUUUGGCCAUAUCUGAAAGAUGUUCUAGGAGCUAUGGAUGGUACUCAGAUCAACUGCAACCCACCCUCGGAUGAGCUGGAUGUCGCACGCAACCGGAAG